AUAAGACUGAACCUCCUCAUCCACAAACACACACUCCAAACACAGCAGCAGCCAUGUCUAACUUCUUGUCCUCAGCGCUGGGUAGCGGUGGCAUUGCAAAAAUAGCUGGGGAGAAAGUGGGUGACCUGGUGGAGGAAACGGUAGAUAAAGUCCUGAGUGGAGGAGAAAAGAAGGAGGAGCAGAAGGGAGGAGGAUUCGGAGUCGGAGACGCUCUGUCUCUUGUUGGAGGAAACAAAGAUGACAACAAAGGAGGAUUCGGAGUCGGAGACGCUCUGUCUCUUGUUGGAGGAAACAAAGAUGACAACAAAGGAGGAUUCGGAGUCGGAGACGCUCUGUCUCUUGUUGGAGGAAACAAAGAUGACAACAAAGGAGGAUUCGGAGUCGGAGACGCUCUGUCUCUUGUUGGAGGAAACAAUCAGGAACAGGGAGGCGGACUGGAUGCGAAGAACUUAAUUGGAGGAUUCUUUAAAUAGAAACCCUGCUGAUCGUGUUCUGACCUGGUUCUUCAGCAUCAGUCCAUCAAACCUCCACCUGCAGCAUCUUCACCUCCACCCUGAGAGGAGCAGCUCCACCCAAACUGCUGGAAAAUGAUUGAAUAUGGAAUAAAUUUUAAAAUAAUGUAAUUGUUAAGUGAGGGUCCUGAUUAAAUGUUUAAUUAGCUAUUUAUCACUAAAUUCCUGUCUAUAUUGUUUUUAAACGAUGAGAAUGAACUGAAAGCUCUUGACAAUAGAAAUAAUUAACCUUGAUAAAAGAGUUAUGAAGAGAUUAAACUGGAUUAUUAUACGGUAAAAUGUAGUUUGUAAAUGAAAUGAAAGAAUCACGCUCAUAAAAGAAAUGUAUUAAAACAGCAGUAGCAGUUUGGUGAAGCUGUUCAGUAAAAAUCAGUCUGAUGAAAUGUUUGUAUUUCUUCUUCUUUCACUGUUUCCUCAGUCGAGGACACAGUCCAUAUAACGUAUGUACAAUUAUAAAAGAGAUGCUUGACUUACUAUUAAAAAAACUGUCUCAAGUUUGAAAUAUGAA